GUGCGCUCGCUUGUGUGGGUCUACUAAUGUCAGGCCGCGUGUCCGAUACGCUUGAUCCAUAUAUUUCCAUAUUCCGGAUGCGGAGAUACAGUGAAAUGUAAAACGUCGUGGCUGGAAACGUCGUGGCUGUCGGGCCGAGUCCGGCGUGAUAAUCGCGAAUUUCCGUCCGACAACGUGCUCGAACGCGCGCGCGCGUCGCCCCGGCGAUUUUCGCGCUUCGCUCGUCAUUUCACCUCGGGCCGAUUGUUUGCAAUAUUUUGCUUGUUUUACGAGUGUUUCGCACGCCGGUGCGAUUCCCGAGCUUACAGACCGCGUGGUCGUUUCCCUCCUUCGCGCCGAGCUAUGAUUUCCUCCGCCGCCGCGAUGUCGUACGAUUAUCCUCAUCCGGUUUCGAGAACGUAUCAAUACAAGAAGCUGGGCCUGAAUUUACCCCCGUCACUUGGAAAUUUAUUUAACCUUGCGAAAGAUUCGCAGGACAUACGAGUAGUAGCGUGCCGGCAUGCACGUUCGUUUCCCGCCACACUUGGCCACCGCUGGUCGCAAUCGGCAAAGUGUUUAAAUCAAACGCGCUUUUGCUCUUAGCUUUGCUUCUUUCAUCGGCAACGAUGUUUCAUUUUCCGUCCGUCGACAACGACGACGACCCAACACCUGCCGGCACACGGCAUAAAUUUGUAUCCGUGUAUCCUCGCGACUUAACCGCCGAGGAAAACGUAAUCGAUACGAGCAUACGCGCGAUGCGGUCGCUAAUUGACGCUAAAUCAUCAUCCGACCAUCUCGCGCUGAAACAAAACAAGACUUGAUUUCUCGCGCGCCACGUUCAUUCAUGGGUCAAAGAUUUCCCCCGGCGAAUUAAGGCGAGAUGAAAGGAUAAAUAAGGAGACGGCACGGCCGUACACGAUUAUUACUUUCCGUUCAUUCCGUCACGUCGAUCGUACGCGUCGACGUUCGAUUCUCCUGUCCCAGCCGCGUCGUAAAUUAGUAAUUUAUGUUGUGAUUGACGAUCGAGAACGAAGUCGUGCGACGGUGGGCCGAGAUAACGAAGCCGCUUUUGGAAAGGAAGAGACGCGCGCGAAUAAAUCGUUGUCUCGAUGAGCUCAAGAAUAUCAUGGUGGACGCUUUGGAGACCGAGAGGGAGAACAUCAGCAAGCUGGAGAAGGCGGACGUGCUCGAGCUGACGGUCCGUCAUCUGCAGAGACUGCAGGCCUCGCGACCUUCCGGGUUAUCGGCGGUCAGCGGCAACGAGAUCUCCGCCGAAAAUCGCUGGCAGUCCGGAUUCGGGCAUUGCGCCGCUGAAGCCUGCAGAUUCCUCUCGUCCUUAUCGGGUGAAGCCGCGGAGAGGCUGGCGAGGCACCUCGCGUCUGGCCUCCAAACGAGCCGGCGAUCUAAUUCACCAUCGCUGAAAAUCCAGCUCUUAUCACCUAGCCCGACGAAUCGCACCGCUAGCAACGCGUCAUCAUGCGUCGUCUCGAGCGAAACCGACUCGGUGGGAGAUCGUGCAAACGUUUCGCCGAUUACUGCCACAUCUCGCGGCGAUAAUAAGGAUAUCGAAGAAGUUGCCGAUACCAGCGUGUCGACGACAGUCGUUUCCACGCUUCCUCAGUGCGAAGCCUCGAUGUCGCCCGUUAACGACAAGAAGAAAGUAACAGCGAAUUGCAACAUCAAACUGAGAAACCUGAAGGACCAGAGAUCAACGGCGACCGCAACAACGACAAGGAACAAAUCGUGUACUUCGCAGGACAUUAACGCCGAGGACGAUGAAGAAAUCGACGUCGAACGCGUGGAGGAGCGCAAUACGGUAUGGAGACCGUGGUAGCGCGAACGUAUUUUGUAUUAAUCAUCAAUUAAUGACGUACAUUCCCUAUGCAGACUCCCGUAAAAAGAUUUUCCAGUGUUUAUUUCAUAUAUCUGCGUUUUAACAAAAUUAAUGUCGGAGAUGAAAAUAGGAGAGAGAACGGAAGAGUUUUUCCAAAUUAUUGCGAUUUAUAAUUUAACACGAGUAACACUUCUACGUGUUUAUAUUUUGUUACUUGGUUCAUUUAGAAGUACAAAAUGGUCUCACCGACUCCGGUGUUCGAAAAAUAUUUUCUAUAAUUAUACGGACCGAGCGGUAUUAAUAUAUACAGAUACAAUAGAGAAAAUUUAUUCGCUGCAUUAAAUGCUUGUUGCGAGACAUCGCGUAUAACAAUCAUAUAGCAAUAAAGAUUGAUAGAAUCAUCGAUAGAAUCAUUAUAAACUUACGUGAUGUUAGUAUUCUAUAUUAUAGUUAUUCUCUGUAUUAUAGUUAACAAUAUGUGUUGAUUCUAUGUUACUUUGGUACUUGGCUUUAAAUAGAGAUUUAAGUAAUUGAUCGUUCGAUUACGAUUUGCAAAGGAAAUGUUUAGCAAAGAAUUCUUUACUCAAUAUUCUUAUAAGAGUUAUGACGUGGCAGUUUGGAAAAAUAAUAACAAAAGGCGAAGGUAUUUUGAAAAAUCCAAUCGCGAAAUCUAUGAAAUAUAUCAAAUAAAAUUUUUAUGCGACAUAUUUUCUUGUAUAUCUCACAUUUUUUAAGAUAUUCGCUCAUGAAAGAAUAUCCAAGUUGUCUUAGCCUAUAAAUUAAUCUGGUUUUCCUAAUAUAGAUAAUAUGAGGCACAAUGGACUUUAUCUACGUGCCACAGACGGAUCUUUCACAAAGACCGUCUCCUGUUUCCCUUGUCAUUAUUAUGAUCAAACAUAUGGAAUUAGUUUAAAUGUUAUUGAGAUAUUGCGAGAUAUAUAUUAGUUUCGAAAAUAACGCGAGAUGACGCCAGCAGCCUUUGGCAAAUCGAGCGGUUCUGUAAGGUCAAUACGAGAUAGUACCUGCAGCAGGCAGCAGGUAGGUAAAUUCGUACCUCAAUUAUUCCGAGGAGAGGCGCAAGAUGGCGCCAACAGACAACUGCAGACUGAUUAAUUCCGAGAAAAAACACGAGAUGGUGCCAUGAAUCCUUAAAAACAGCGCAAAUGAUAUCAGUCUCAUAAGGUAAGUGACAAACUCAAUUGAUGAAUGACAAGAAGAGACGUGAAGAUGGUAAGUCAUAAAAACGAUCAAUUGAACGACACGCGUAUACUACACGUAUACUACACAUAUACUACACGUAUAACUAUUAUCUAAAAAUUUUUAAAUAUUCUUAUAUAUUUUGCGACUUUGAAGAUGUUUAUUCUUUUCAGAGAUAUUUAUCUCAUUACUUAUUAUUAGUGCAAUUAUGUUACAUUAAAUCGUAUCAAAAUAUAUUAUAUAUUGUUAUACAUUGUAUAAGGCCAGUAUUCAUAGUUUGUUAUUAUUU